AUGACGAGGGGAAGGUACAAAGUUGUUUGCUCUUUUUGUCGUAAGCGAAAGAUCAAGUGUGACAAGAAGUCUCCAUGUACUGCGUGUGUCAAGUUGGGGAAUCCUCAUUGUGAUGCUGUGGUGAGAACUGAUAACAAUUCGGGGGAUGUUGCUGAUGCAUUGAGGCAUCGUAUUACUGUCCUUGAAAAGCAACUCAGCAAUAAUGGAAUGAAACCGGCAACCAGUCUUGAAGAGAGCUGUCUGGCUGAAACUAUAAAUUUCCAUGACGCCCUCAGCAAAACCGACCAUCGUCAUGAUGCAAGCUGGAGACUUAUGGGACCUUUCAAGUGGUAUGUUAUGGUAUCGAUUGACGAAAUCUUGCUCAACGUCUUCAAGACCUUUUAUGCUUGCAAGGAAGUACCAUCAUUUCAUGAUGAAGCUCCUCGAAUGUACUUGAACCCAUUAGAUAAGGAGAUCGGCUUAAUCCACAAAGCUAGUGUUAUGGAGGAUCGCGAGACGCUACGAAUGAAGCUCUACAAUAUCUUGCCCAGUACAAGGGCGAUUAACAUGCUCAUAAACAGGUUCUUCAAGAUUGCCUAUCCUUACAUGCCUGUUAUCGACGAGUAUGAAUUCAGACAGUCUUUGAGCCGACUUUUGGGAAGCAGAGGAGGUGCCGAUGAAAGAGCAAUGAUUUUGGGUAAUGAUGAUACCGAUCCAGCCGUUUACGGCCUUCUAUUGGUGGUUCUCCGAACAGCCUACGUCACAUUAACAGGUGGUUCCAAUCAGACGCCUACCUAUUGCUUUCAUAAUAGCAAGGAGGAACUUGAGUAUCUCAGCCGGCAGCGGAUUGGAGCUGACUUUAUUGACUUGGCCAACGUUUGUUUGAGUUUGUACAAUGUGGCGGGCGAUCUCUGUUUCGAAGCUUUCCAAUUAGUUGUCGCUUUGCGGGUCUACUCCACAAUUGGCCCUGAGUAUACAAGGUAUGACGCAAAGUCGACCACAUUGGCAUCUCUCCUGAACCAGAUCGCCUAUAGUUUAUGGAUGAAUAGGGAGUGGCGCCGUGAAAGGCCCGAUUUCAAUGAGAGGAGAGACUUGCUUCAGAAGAAGCUCUGGUACACGCUUGUUUUCCUCGAGAUGGACCAGUCACUAUUUUCCGGAAACUAUAUGUUCAUCGGACCUAAUACGUUUGACGUGACACUACCGGUCUAUAAACCAGACUUACUUAAUGGAUGUGAUUUAGAGAGUGAAAAGAAGGCAAUCGAAAACAUCCAUUGGCUUGAAGGAUACAGAGAGGUGUUCACACUGGCAAUCAGUUUAACAGGAAGGGUUUCAGGAAAUGUUAGUAUCAGCAAGUUGAAUAACGUUAUCGAGAAGCUCGAGAACAAGUACGACGAACUCCUUGACGUCUUGGAAUCUCUGAAGUCAACGCCCUCGUUGACUACACUGGAUUCAUUUGAUCGUUUUUCCCAACUACGUUUAAUGCUCAACCAACAUUACUUCUUAGUUGGAAUUUACUCCCACCUAAUCCAUUUCUACACUAAGAAAAAGGAUCUCAACAGCGCUAGGCAUUGGAGGUACAAGGUUGUCACUUUGCUCGCAAAGUUUUUGUUCCCCUUGCUUCCCGACCUCGUCCAUCAAACCAUGACACUCGUGAGCGGCUCAACCGACCUUUUUAUUUGCGGUCCCUUGAUCCAAUGCCUCGGGCAAUGCAGCUUAUUUAUUGCGUCCGCCACGGUUCGUUACAACUACAUCAAGAAAGCUCUAGAAAGCCAACCGAAUCAUAGGGUUCUUCUAGUGACCAGCAGCGAGUAUCAAGAUCUCUUUAACGAAAUUGAGAAGCACCGGGAAUUGCUUCGCCAGUCAAAUCAGGUGCUGCUCAAUGUUUACAACCUCAUGAAAGAUAAGUACGAGACUGCCAGACGGUUCGACCUCAUCAGCAGAAAAAUCACCGAUUGCACACUCCCAGAAGAUUUCAUUUUAAGGGAUCCUAUGAUUCAAGCGACGGAAGAAGGUUUAAAGUCGCUCAAGGAGUGCAAUAUUUUGAUGAAGGAGUGUUUCGAGAAUAGUGGAGUUCGUGAGCUUGGUAAUCCCCACAGAGCUACUUUGGGAGUCUGGCAGUCUUUCGCCGUUUCAGAAGUAUUUUGA